UGCACCGGGAGUUGCUCCGCCUGUGAGCUCCCACUGUUGUUCCAAAGAGAGGCGACGACGAACUCAUUUCUUCACUGAAUGGAGACGAAGCUCCGAACCUAGACCGGGAGGUCCCGUCUGGAGGGACACGGAGGAGGACCGGGGCAGCGGAGGCGCUGCGGAGGAGGAGCCGGAGGACGCCGCGGGAGAAGAAAGGAGGAGGACUGAGAGAGAGAGAGAAAAAACGGAUCCCCCAAAAUGCUGCAGAUUUGAUUGAAAGGUGCGUUUGGUCACAGAUGUCUAACGUAACCAUGGAGGCUACCGCCAUCCUGCCCGUCCUCAAAAAGAAGCUGGCUUUCCUCUCAGGGGGCAAAGACCGGCGCAGCGGUCUGAUCCUGACCAUCCCUCUGAGCUCAGAUCAGACCAGCAUGGAGGAGCUCAGCGCCACGCUGGACUACCUGCUGAGCAUCCCGAGUGAGAAGUGUAAGGCUCGAGGUUUCACUGUUAUCGUGGACGGGCGGAAGUCUCAGUGGAACACAGUGAAGACUGUGGUGCUCAUGUUGCAGAACGUGAUCCCAGCUGAGGUGUCGCUGGUCUGCGUGGUGAAGCCCGAUGAAUUCUGGGACAAGAAGGUCACACACUUCUGCUUCUGGAAGGAGAAGGACCGUCUGGGCUUCGAGGUGAUUCUGGUUUCGGCCAAUAAGCUCACUCGCUACAUCGAGCCCAGUCAGCUGACCGACGACUUUGGAGGGAGUCUGGACUACGAUCACAGCGACUGGCUCAGCAAGAGACUGGUUUUUGAGAAGUUCACGAAGGAGUCGACGUCGCUGCUGGACGAGCUGUCCAUCAUCAAUGACGGGGACAAGAGCAACUCCAUGGACAAGGAGAAGUCGGCGGACUGCGGCCUCCUGCCGUCCUUUGACCCCGAGACGGUUCUGCAGACAGGUCACGAGCUGCUGUCGGAGCUGCAGCAGCGCCGCUUCAACGGCUCGGAGGGGGGCGGAGGCGGCGGCCCGGGAGGUCCCGCCUGGUGCCCCAUGGAGGAGGAGCUGCUGGCUCAGCCGCAGGUGAUGAAGCUGCUGGACUCGCUCAGAGAGCAGUACACCAGGUACCAGGAGCUGUGCAGGCAGCGGAACAAACGCACCCAGCUGGACGAGAUCCACACCAAGGUCAUGCAGGUGGUCACCUGGCUGCAGGGUCCCGGUUCAGAGCUCCUGAAAACUCAUCAGGCCAUCGGAGACUCGAUGCGAGCGGCGCAGGCCCUGCAGCAGAAACACGAGGAGAUCGAGAGCCAGCACAGUGAGUGGUUUGCAGUCUACGUGGAGCUGAACCAGCAGAUUGCUGCCUUGCUCAGUGCCGGGGAGGAGGAGGAGGUGGUGGAGCUGAAGGCGCUGCAGCAGCAGCUGAGCGACGUCUGCUACAGACAGGCGGCUCAGCUGGAGGGACGCCAGAACGUCCUGCAGGCGGCGCAGGGCUUCCACAGCACGACGCAGGAGUUGUCCCAGCAGCUGGACGGUUUACUGGGCAUGCUCUGCGCCGACGUGGCUCCGGCUGACGGAGCGUCCAUCCAGCAAAACCUCAAGCUGCUGGAGGAGAAGCUGCAGGCUGUCGAGGCAGGCCUGGGCUCCCUGCGUCAGAAGGGGGCGCUGCUGCUGGAGCAGAUGUGCAGCCAGCCGUGGACCCCGGAGGAGACGGAGAGUCCGCCCGGAGAGCAGCAGGACAACGUCCAGCAGAUUCAGUCUGUGAUGGAGGAGAUGCAGCUGCGCAAGCAGAGGUGUGAGGAUAUGGUGGAUGUCAGGAGGCUGAAGAUGCUGCAAAUGGUCCAACUGUUCAAGUGUGAAGAGGAUGCUUUACAGGCGGUGGAGUGGCUCGGCGAGCUGCUGGACGCUCUGUUGAAGACUCACGUCAGACUGGGGGACGACUCUCAGGAGACCAGGACCAUGCUGGACAAACACAGGAAGUUUGUGGACGUGGCUCAGAGCACCUACGACUACGGCCGGCAGCUGCUGCAGGCCACCGUGGUGCUCUGCCAGUCGCUGCGCUGCACCACCCGCUCGUCUGGAGACACCCUGCCCAGGCUCAACCGGGUGUGGAAGCAGUUCAGCGUCAGCGCCGAGGAGCGGCAGCAGAGACUGGAGCUGGCUCUCAACUUCCACGGCGGCGCCGAGCGGGUGCUGCAGCUGGAAUGUGUGGAGGUGGAGUCUCUGGACGAAGUCGACUCUUCGGGGAAAACCCUCCUGGACAGACUGACCACGCCCAUCAUCUUCCCCGACGGGAGUGAGCAGUACUUCGGGAGUCCCAGUGACACGGCGGCGGCGGCGGAGGGCGUGAGAGAGCGCCUCCUGCUGGUCGAGGAGCGGCGGCUGCAGCUGCAGGAGGCGAGGCUUCACGAUGACGAGGAGGAGGAGGAGGAGGAGGGGGGAGGGGUGCUCAACGGGCAGGACGGGCGGCUGGAUGUAAUCGGAGAGGAACUGAGCGAGAAAGAGGAGCCGGACGAAGGAGAGGAGGAGGAGGAGGAGAAGCAGGACGAAGACUUGGAGACGGCGACGCAGGACCGCUAAUCCACCGCGAGUCUCUGGAAACCGAGCGGCCUUAAUGAAGCUCGACGGCGAAGGGCUGCUGAUGAUUCCCCACCGCGGCCCCCAGCCUGCUGACGCCCCGCAGGAGCAGCUUCCUUUCCUCCUGCCAGCUUUUCUUUCC